GCCUUACAGAGGGUCAACGAAUCCGAAAAGACCUAAGCCCUCGUUGCUGGGCGACAAGUCCCGCCCCGCAGGCGGCACCGGAAGUGGCAGGCCGGGAUCAGCCUUUAAGAUGGCGUCUCCUCAGGGGGGCCAGAUUGCGAUCGCGAUGAGGCUUCGGAACCAGCUCCAGUCAGUGUACAAGAUGGACCCGCUACGGAACGAGGAGGAGGUCCGAGUAAAGAUCAAAGACCUGAAUGAACACAUCGUCUGCUGUCUGUGCGCCGGCUACUUCGUGGAUGCCACCACCAUCACAGAGUGUCUUCAUACUUUCUGCAAGAGUUGUAUUGUGAAGUAUCUCCAAACCAGUAAGUACUGCCCCAUGUGCAACAUCAAGAUCCACGAGACACAGCCACUGCUCAACCUCAAACUGGACCGGGUCAUGCAGGACAUCGUGUACAAGCUAGUGCCUGGCUUACAAGACAGUGAAGAGAAACGGAUUCGAGAAUUUUACCAGUCCCGAGGCUUGGACCGGGUCACCCAGCCCAGUGGGGAAGAGCCAGCCCUGAGCAACCUCGGCCUCCCUUUCAGCAGCUUCGACCACUCUAAAGCCCACUACUAUCGAUAUGAUGAGCAGCUGAGUCUAUGCCUGGAGCGCCUGAGUUCUGGGAAGGACAAGAAUAAAAGCAUCCUGCAGAACAAAUAUGUUCGAUGUUCUGUUAGAGCUGAAGUUCGUCAUCUCCGAAGGGUCCUAUGUCACCGCUUAAUGCUGAAUCCCCAGCAUGUACAGCUCCUUUUUGACAAUGAAGUUCUCCCAGAUCACAUGACCAUGAAGCAGAUAUGGCUCUCCCGCUGGUUCGGCAAGCCAUCCCCUUUGCUUUUACAAUACAGUGUGAAAGAGAAGAGGAGGUAGGGGCCAAGCCCCCACCACAUCCCUGUCCCUUUCCCUCCCCAGAUAUUUAUGUGAAAUUAACUCCGGCUUUAUUUUUUGAAAUAAAAACUUUAAAAAAACA